CGCACGUCGAUCCGUCUGUGCAGUCCGGCGUACAUCGCGCCAAUCGUCGUAUCUCGCGUCAACAUCGAGCACACCGGCAUCACGAUGACGAUAAUUUUAUAGACGUUAUUUUUUUUUUUUUGAACGUCAGAUUCACCGUAUCGAAAAAAAAAUAUAAGUGCGAUACAAAAAUACCAUCGUCCAGAAAAUUUAAUACAGUCGGUACAAUAAUAUUAUUACAUACGCCGGAGCGGACAACCCCGGGAGACGUCAUGUCCUCGCCGCACGCCAGACGAGUGAAUCGAAUCGCGAUCAUCGAACCGGGGGUGCCGACGAUCCAGUCGAUAUUAUAAAAAUAUUCAGCGACCAUCACAAUUUCAUACCGUCGUCGUGUUUGGCACGAUAAUAUUACAAUAUAUCGUAUACGUAUGAUACAAUACUCACCUAUUGGCGGGCAACACAAUAUCGUUACGCGUACACCUAAAUAGCUGCAGCCAUGUCUGCCGGUCUCAAACGGAACAUCAACAACAAUGUGGUCGACACCACCGCCGACCGGAAAUGGAGCCCGGAAGUCCAUACGAAAAUAUUCAUACCGCCCAUUGGCGUCACGGAACCCCGACCGAAAUUUGCCAAAGCAGAAAUUGGCGCUACGACCACUCAAAAAGAGCCGAGGCGGAAGUACGUGACGACGGCGGUCUGCAGCAGCGGAAGCGACAGUAGCGACGGCGGGUGUGCGGGUGGUGGUGUCGCGGGAAGGGGCCGCCGGCAUCCGGUGUCGCGGAGCGGUUCGUGCCGUGGCCAGCCGCAGACGUUGUCGCCCAUGUCGGCCGGGGCGCUGUCGCCCAGCCUGCGGUCGCUCGGCGUGCCGGGCUCGCCUUCCGCGGCCGCGAUGGCCAUCGGCUCGGCGAACCACAACUCGAUAUACGCGUCGGCCAACAACCAGCACCGGGACGCGUCGCCGCUCCGGUCGUGGUCGGACGCCGUGUCCGUCCGGUCACUGGCGUCCAUCGGCAUGGGUUCGACGGACGGCCGGAAGCUGACCAUCGCCAAGGUGCCUACGUCGCCCGCAGAACUUCUCAACUUGGCCAGCCCUCAAACAUUUAUUGAGAAAGACGACGGUGAUUUUACAGAAUGCAGCAGUUGCUCCAGGUCACUUGCCGAGUCGUUAUCGGACUUCCGGUCCAGGACCAGGACUCACUAUUGGCGCAACAAACUCCAAUUCAUCUUAGCAUGCCUGGGCUGUUCGGUGGGCCUAGGCAACAUGUGGCGGUUUCCAUAUCACUGCCACAAAAGUGGCGGAGGUAUAUUUUUGAUACCAUAUUUUUUGGUGAUGAUAUUUUGUGGAAUACCAUUACUGUAUUUAGAAUUGGCUAUUGGACAGUUUACUAAACGAGGACCAAUUAGUGCAAUAUCAAAACUCUGUCCAAUUCUAAAAGGCGUCGGUUUAUCCAGCGUGGUGACGUCAUUUUUCGUAUCCGUCUAUUACAACGUGAUCAUUGCAUACACUCUGUACUAUUUCUUCACGGCGAUACAGGACCAGCCUCCAUGGGCGCACUGCAACAACCGGUGGAACACUGACCGCUGUUGGAUGGCAGGCGGCAACACCACUAGGCCUUUAGACGGCAGAAGUCCCACCGAAGAGUUUUACAACUUGAAAAUGCUGCAGAUCGCAAAGGACCCGAACACGUUGGGCAACGUCCGCUGGGAGUUGGCCGUCUGCAUGUUCGUCGUGUCCACCGUCGUGUACUUCAAGCUGUGGAAGAGUACCGAAUCGUCCGGCCGCGUGCUGCACCUGACCGCCACUCUGCCGUUCGCCAUGCUGGCCGUACUGCUGGUCCGGUCACUGAUGCUGGACGGCGCCGACAUCGGUAUCGAAUAUUUCCUGUUCAAGCUCCGCUGGGAACUGCUGUGGGACUCGAAGGUUUGGGUGAGCGCCGUGGGUCAAAACCUAAGCUCCAUCGGUAUCGCCUUCGGUCUGGUAAUUUCGUUCUCUUCGUACAACCGUUACAACAACAACAUAAUGGUGGACACGGUGACUAUAUCACUCAUAAACGGCAUAUCGAGUUUUGCCGUGGGACUAUUCACGUUCGCCACUUUGGGUAGCAUGGCCAAGGAAUACGGAAAGCCCGUGGAAGACGUCCUACCGGAUGGACCAGGAAUCGUGUUCAUCCUGUUCACGCAAGUGUUAUCCAGUAUGCCGUACUCCACCUACCUUUCGAUGUUACUGUUCUUCAUGAUAUUUUGUCUGGCCCUGAACAGCGAGUUUGCUAUCGUCGAAGUCAUCGUGACGUCCAUACAAGAUGGAUUUCCACGCGCCGUCAAAAAAUAUCUAAUCUGCCACGAACUAUUGGUCUUGGUGGUCUGCUUUGCUUCGUUUCUACUCGGACUUCCACUUGUCACGCAGGGUGGCACAUAUUUGUUCCAAAUAAUCGACUAUUACACUUCUACGUGGUCGGUGAUUUACAUUGCUUUUUUCGAAGUGAUAGCAGUGUCCUGGAUGUAUGGUGGUAAUAAAAUUGUAGCGGACAUCGAAAGAAUCACGGGAACAAAACCGUUGUGGUUUUUCAAAUUCAGUUGGUAUAUUACUACUCCUCUUUCACUAUUGUUUGUAUGGGCUUUCAGUUUAACAGACUAUGAGCCACCGACCUAUAUGAAUGGUACUCGGAGCUUUCCCACUUGGGUCCACGUGAUAGGGUGGUCCAUGGUUAUGAUCUCAUUGGCAUGUAUACCCAUCAUGUCUGUUUAUACGUUCCUACAUUCCGAAGGAAUGACAUUUUACCAAAAACUGAACAGAUCAAUAAAGCCCAAAUCAAAUGAAUUUGGUGAGCUGCCAAUUGCAUCGAAAGACAACUUAAAAGAAAUGGCUACUUUAAUAGAAUGCAAAGCACCUCAAAUACCACCUAUUAUUGUCUUCCCGGAAACUGUUAAAAAUAGUAAAUAUAAUAAUUUAUGAUUGUAUACCAGCGAUUUUUGUACACAAUUAUACCCUAGUUGUUUUUCACAAAUAA